CUCAGUCUGGGAGGGUCUGUCUGCUCUUCACUGCAUGCCCAUCACCCGUGGUGUCCACUGCUAGCUGCCCCUGUGAGUCCCCUGCCCUUGCUCUGAGCUUGGUGCUUGCCCCUUGCCUGUCUUCCAACACAGCUCUGAACCCCCUAAGGUUAGGCCUGACCUUGACUGGGCCUCCUGGGAGUCUCUUUUUGCCCAAGAUCUCCAACCAGACCUGUCCGCCAUGUCGGCUGCGCCCGGCCUCUUGCACCAGGAGCUGUCCUGCCCGCUGUGCCUGCAGCUGUUCGACGCGCCCGUGACCGCCGAGUGCGGCCACAGCUACUGCCGCGCCUGCUUGAGCCGCGUGGCAGGGGAGCCCGCGGAGGACGGCACGGUGCUCUGCCCGUGCUGCCAGGCACCCACGCGGCCGCAGGCGCUCAGCACCAACCUGCAGCUGGCGCGCCUGGUGGAGGGGCUGGCUCAGGUGCCCCAGGGCCACUGCGAGGAGCACCUAGACCCGCUCAGCAUCUACUGCGAGCAGGACCGCGCACUCGUGUGCGGCGUGUGCGCCUCGCUCGGUUCGCACCGCGGCCACCGCCUGCUGCCCGCCGCAGAAGCCCACGCGCGCCUCAAGACACAGCUCCCACAGCAGAAGAUACAGCUGCAGGAGGCCUGUAUGCGCAAGGAGAAAAGCGUGGCUGUGCUGGAGCAUCAGCUGGUGGAGGUGGAGGAGACGGUGCGUCAGUUCCGGGGGGCCGUGGGGGAGCAGCUGGGCAAGAUGCGGUUGUUCUUGGCUGCCUUGGAGGGCUCCUUGGACCGUGAGGCAGAGCGUGUGCGGGGUGAGGCAGGGAUUGCCUUGCGGCGGGAGCUGGGGAGCCUGAACUCUUACCUGGAGCAGCUGCGGCAGAUGGAGAAGGUGCUGGAGGAGGUGGCAGACAAGCCGCAGACUGAGUUCCUCAUGAAAUACUGCCUGGUGACCAGCAGGCUGCAGAAGAUCCUGGCAGAGUCACCACCCCCUGCCCGUCUGGACAUCCAGCUUCCGGUCAUCUCAGAUGACUUCAAAUUCCAGGUGUGGAAGAAGAUGUUCCGGGCUCUGAUGCCAGCGCUGAAGGAGCUGACCUUUGACCCGUGCUCGGCCCACCCGAGCCUGGUGGUGUCUCCCUCGGGCCGCCGCGUGGAGUGCUCUGAGCAGAAGGCGCCGCCGGCCGGAGAGGACCCGUGCCAGUUCGACAAGGCCGUGGCGGUGGUGACGCGCCAGCUGCUCUCGGACGGGGAGCACUACUGGGAGGUGGAGGUGGGCGACAAGCCGCGCUGGGCCCUGGGCGUGAUCGCGGCCCAGGCCAGCCGCCGCGGCCGGCUGCACGCAGUGCCCUCGCAGGGCCUCUGGCUGCUCGGGCUGCGCGACGGCAAGAUCCUGGAGGCGCACGUGGAAGCCAAGGAGCCGCGCGCACUGCGCACCCCGGAGAGGCGGCCCUCGCGCAUCGGCAUCUACCUAAGCUUCGGCGACGGCGUCCUCUCCUUCUACGACGCCAGCAACGCCGACGCCCUGGAGCUGCUCUUUGCCUUCCACGAGCGCCUGCCCGGGCCCGUGUACCCCUUCUUCGACGUGUGCUGGCACGACAAGGGCAAGAACGCUCAGCCGCUGCUGAUCGUGGGGCCUGAUGGCGAGGAGGCCUGAGCCCCUGCUGGCUUGGGGA